AUGAAGCAAGCACUUCACUUCUCGCUUCAAGGGAAACGAGCCCUUGUUGCUUUUUUGCGCUUAUGGCUCUCGAAAGCACUAGCGGCAUUCGAGCCACCUUGUGUGAGAUUCCCACCGAGUAGCUGCUACUUCCCACCAGCUCAAAUACCAGAUACUAAUACUUUCUUCGUCAAAGGUAUAGAUUACACGAACCACUCCCUUACUCUGGUCGAUAGGGAUACUACUGAUAAUUCGGCAUGCCCUAGAGCACGUCACAACCUUACUCUGGAAGACGUGCCCCUAGAAUACUCCAAACAUGAUACACACCUUACCUUCUAUUAUAAUUGUACAAGUUCACUUCCGGCCUCUAUUCCUGUAGAUUGCUUAACAUCAGGUGAAAAAAAGUCAUACUUUUAUGUUGGGCAUAAUGAACCCAAAGAUUUAAAUUGGUAUGGAAUUUGUGAGGAUAAGGUGGUUGCGACGGAGUUGGACGUGGGGUGGAUUAGAGGGCUUGGUGCGGCGUUGAGUGACGGGUUCGUGCUGGAUUGGCGGAGCGCAUCAGAGUGCGCUAAGUGUGAGGCCUCAGACGGGCUUUGUGGUUUCAACAAUUCAACCAAAGAUUUCUUGUGCUUCUGCAAAGAUUCUACCAUAAAGUUUGAUCACUGUACAUCCAAAGGUCGAAUCUUACCUUUGAAGCUCUCAAUAGCAUUAUCCGCGGUUGGGACUGCAAUAGCUGUAACCUGCUGCUUGAUAUGUUGCUUUCGAUUUAGGAAAUUGUGCGACCUCUGUGUUUCAUUAACAAAGACAGCAGAUCAGAAUGUUGAAGCCAACCUGCAGCAGUAUGGAUCUUUAGCCCCAAUGGCAUAUAGCUAUUCAGACAUUAGGAAAAUGACAAGUUCAUUUAAAGAGAAACUUGGAGAAGGGGGUUAUGGAGGGGUCUACAAAGGUAACGUUAACGGCCAUCCCGUUGCUGUGAAGAUCUUAAAAGCGAGCGAGGGGAAUGGAGAAGAUUUCAUUAACGAAGUUGCAAGCAUCAGUCAAACUUCUCAUGUCAACGUUGUAACUCUGUUGGGAUUUUGUUUGAAUCGUCGGGAAAAAACAAUUAUUUAUGAAUUUAUGCCGAAUGGAUCUUUUGAUAAACACAUUUACAGAGAAGACUUUAGAUUGGAAUGGGAAGUGUUGUAUAAAAUUGCACUUGGAAUAGCUCGGGGACUGGAGUAUUUGCAUAGAGGGUGCAACUCACGAAUUUUGCAUUUUGACAUAAAACCUCACAACAUUCUUCUGGACGAAGACUUUUGCCCCAAGAUAUCUGAUUUCGGUUUAGCAAAAUUAUGUAUUCGAAAAGAGAGCAUAAUGUCCACAUUAGAAGCUCGAGGAACCGUUGGUUAUAUUGCUCCAGAGGUGUUCUGUAGAAAUUUCGGAGGAGUUUCACACAAAUCUGAUUUUUAUAGCUACGGAAUGAUGGUUCUCGAAAUGGUUGGAGGAAAAAGGAACUACAAUGCUGAAAGAAGCCAUAAUAGUGAAAUAUACUUUCCAUGUUGGGCUUAUCAUCGCAUUGUGCUAGAUGAAGAACUAAAUAUAAGAGAUAGAAUUACCAAUGAAGAAAAACAGAUUGCAAAGAAAAUGAUAUUAGUUGGUUUGUGGUGCAUCCAAACAGAUCCGUUGCAAAGGCCAGCAAUAGGUAAGGUAAUAGAAAUGUUAGAAGGUAGUUUGGAGGCCUUGCAAAUACCACCAAAGCCUUAAGUAUUUUCUCCUUCGCGAUCAGAAGGAUCGUCAUUGACCACUUUGGAGCUACCUGCAGCAAAAGCCUUCUCAAAUUCUCCUUUGAGUUCAACGUUUGAGCCUACAGCCUCAGAAUUUGUAUAGUUGGCAAUACUUUGGUACAAUGUUGGAACAUACUAACAGUCUAAUAGGAGUAUUCAUUAGAGUUGCAAAAAUUUGGCGAAUUCUCAAUGAAAGGUAGAAACUUUUUAUUUAUUUAU